AUGUUGAGCAAGACGUUUCGCAAAGACAAUCCUGAUGAUGAUGGCACAGCCCUCGUGCUUCUGUGCACAGUGCUGUUUCAAGAGCGAGCUGGCAAAGCUCUGACCCAGAAGCUGAACCCGGCAUGGCAAGACAAGAUACUCCAAACUAUUGCCUCUUCCAACGGGUGGGUGCGGUACAGGGUCGGCAGAGCGGCGCUGCGUUAUGGUCACCAUAGUUUGGCGGCAUCUAUUCUAAAACGUUUGUCUGAAGAGGCACCAAGCGAAGCAGCUCAAAGGUGGCUGAUGGCUUUGUACCGCGCAGCCGCUGCCGACGCUAAACUUGUGCAAGAAGGUAUAACCGGGCUGGAGGAGGCGAGCGCGGGCUGGGAGGUGUGCUCGGGCUGGGGCGGCGCGGGGGGCGCGGGCGGCGCGGCGCCGGGGGGCUGCGCGGCGGGCUGCGGGGGGUGCGGCGCGUGCUCGGCGCUGGCGCCCGCCUGGAUGCGCGCGCGCGCACACGCGCUGGCCGCGCUGGCGCGCACGCUGCACGCCGCGCGCGCGCUCUGCACGCAGCCGCCGCCCGCCAUCGCGCACACCUACGCACAGAGCACGCGCGACGUGUCGCUGAAGGCGGGCGCGUUCGCCACGGCGCUGCGCAAGGCGGCGCGGGCGGUGGGGGGGGCGGCGCAGCGCUACGGCGCCAUCGCCAAGACCGCCUUCCACGCUGACGACGCCACGCUGCGACACCUGCACAUCUCUCAAUAUACCUACGCCCAGCUGGCACAAUUUCUGGAUCGCAUCACCUCCAAUCAGCAGGAACGUCCACCAGAGCUGGACAACGUGGACUUGAAACCGACUUCCCUGGAGGAGAUGAUCGCUCUGUCACCCAGCACCGCGCUUGCGGACAUCUCUACCAAACUUUUUGAUAAUCCUACCACUGGACCUGGUAUCACGCAUAGGCACGCGGAAGCGGUGAUAGGUGCGGUGCGCGCGCUGUGCGUGGGCGCGGUGUGGCCGCGCGGCGCGUGCGCGGGGCGCGGGGGCGGGGCGCUGUGCCGCGUGUCGCUGAGCCCGGCGUGGCCGCCCGCGCCGCCCGACCACGCCGCCACGCUGCCGCUCAGCCACCGCCUCGCGCUCAAGCUGGAGGGCGUCGUGCUGCCGCCCGUGCCGCUCAGCAAGCGUCAGCGUCAACGUCAAGUGAAAGGCGUUCAAAUCACCGUGACCGCCACACCACACCCUCGCAGCAAUGAGAAGACAGUAGAGCUGACAAACAUCCAGCCGGUGCUGACGGCCGUGCAGACCGUGACGCCGGUGCGCGACUACUUCUCGGCGCAGCAGCUCGUGUCGGUGAACACUCCUGGGCUCUACACGGUGGCAGUGGAGGCCGGCUUCGUCGACGAGAAGGGGGAGUUAUGGAACACUGGGCCCAGGACUAGCAUCGUUAUAAAGGCUCACGAAGACCCAUCUACGAAGGGCAGUACACAGGUGUCACGCAGCAGAUUUUAA